GUUGCACGCACGAGACGCAAUAGUUUAUACGCCCGUAACGUAGAGCUCGACGCAUAAAAUCCGCUUCCUCUGCACGUCACGCGACUACGCACGCUCGCUCGCACCCGUGGUCAUCGGCGUCUCGCAACCUGCAGCCCAGGAAACAAGCACAUUUAACAUUCCUGCAACAAAUCAGAGAUCAUGGCCUCAGUUAUAGAGAAGCUGAUCACUCCUCUGGCCAGCGGCCCCGCUGAGCCCCCAAGGAACAAAGUGACCAUUGUUGGUGUUGGGCAAGUGGGCAUGGCAUGUGCUGUCAGCAUUUUGCUUAGGGAGUUGGCAGAUGAACUGGCUCUGGUUGACGUCGUGGAGGAUAGACUGAAGGGAGAGAUGAUGGAUCUGCAACAUGGCCUUCUUUUCCUUAAGACCGCCAAGAUUGUUGCUGACAAGGACUACUCUGUGACUGCCAACUCUCGCAUUGUCGUGGUGACGGCCGGUGUGCGUCAGCAGGAGGGUGAGAGCAGAUUGAACCUGGUACAGAGGAACGUCAACAUAUUCAAACACAUCAUCCCUCAGAUUGUCAAAUUCAGCCCUAACUGUAUCAUCAUUGUCGUGUCCAAUCCAGUGGAUGUUCUGACCUAUGUUACCUGGAAACUGAGUGGCCUUCCAAAGCACCGUGUCAUUGGCAGCGGCACCAACUUGGACUCCGCCCGCUUCCGUCACGCCAUGGCGGAGAAACUGGGUAUCCAUUCCAGCAGCUUCCACGGUUACAUCCUGGGAGAGCACGGAGACACCAGUGUGCCCGUGUGGAGUGGAGCAAACGUGGCCGGAGUGAGCCUACAGAAACUCAACCCAAACAUUGGCACAGAUAAAGACAGCGAGAACUGGAAAGAUGUUCACAAGAUGGUUGUGGACAGUGCUUAUGAAGUGAUCAAGCUGAAGGGAUACACUAACUGGGCCAUCGGCCUAAGUGUAGCUGACCUGACCGAGACCCUGGUGAAGAACCUGAACAGGGUCCACCCCGUUUCCACCAUGGUGAAGGGCAUGUAUGGUAUCGGCGACGAGGUGUACCUGAGCCUCCCCUGCGUGCUCAACAGCAGCGGGGUGGGCAGCGUCAUCAACAUGACACUGAUCGACGAAGAGAUCGCACAGCUCAAGAAGAGCGCUGAUACCCUCUGGGGCAUUCAGAAAGACCUGAAGGACCUGUAGAUCAACCACAGCGGAAACCAAGCACACUCCAUAACUCUGUAACUCACUCACAAGUGUCUUGCAAAUCUCUGUGAAUUUUUGGAUACAGCCACUUUUUUUCUUAGUGAUUCAAACCGUUUUUCUGGUAGUGGGAUUAAGCGAAUGAUCAAAGGGAGAAUGUCUUUGGUUCUUCACAUUUGCACUUGUUAACUUGUGGGCAACAAAAAGAGCCAACACCUUUCUUCUCAACAUAAUUUAGUGAGCUCAUUAGGUAAAGUUUGCUGUUUAAGUCAAGUGGGUAAAGAACCGAAAUACAUUUGAAUUCAUUCUUCUGAAUCAUGUUGCAGCAGUCAGUGUUACGACACCUAAUGAAUAAAACCUCUUCAACCUUGAUCAAA